CAACACACAGUCUGAAAGCCUGUGAGGAGAUCACUGGAUCAGAGCUCACCCUCCGAGGUCCCUGGCAUGAGUUGGGAGAUGGAAAGUAGUAGUUUCAUCAACAGGAUGUCCACAGCACACGAGAACACAGAAUCUAUAUUCCGGCUCUUCAGAGUACUUAAAUUGGAAAUUUCAGGUGCAAUAAAAGGUUUAUUUCCUUUUCUAGAUGUCCUCCGUGACAACAAUGUCAUCAGCUAUAGACAGUAUGAAGAUUGUCAAGAAUCCUAUGGAAACCUGAUCCCUGUACAACAAGUGGUCUACAGAGUCUUGGGAGAACUGGAAGAGAAACAUGACCUGGAGGCUCUAGGGUUAUUGUUCUGUAAGCAAAAUAUGGAGGCAUACCCUGAUUUGGAACGCAUUUUUGAAAGAUUUAAAAAUGUCUUACCACAUGAUGAACUGCAUUUGGAAGAAAUUGAUAGAGGGGACCUGAACUCACAGCUCAGUCUUGAACAAGGCACAGCAUCUACCACACCCACCAAUGAAGAGGGACAGAGGGAAAACCCAACAAACCCAGAGUGAACAAAGAAGAACAUAACUGCCCCAUGACCUUCUGCCAUGAUGUCUGAGGCCCUCAUCUGCCAAUUGUUAGUUGUUCAUUUCUGC